UCGUGAUAACUUUUCUAAAAACAUUCUCUUUUAGAUUCUUUUGGUUAGAAUCGUUGCCAAGAUGCCGUCUGUAACAUUGAAAGAUGUUCCCCAAGACAAAUCUGUCAGAGGAAUUGCCUUUUUCCUCAAAAAAACCGGUAAAUUGCGCGUACCCGACUGGGUAGACAUCGUCAAGACCGGUCAGCACAAGGAGUUGGCACCCUAUGACCCUGAUUGGUAUUACACCAGGUGCGCAGCCCUGAUUCGUCACAUCUACUUCCGUAGCCCGGUUGGAGUCGGUGCUGUAAGAAAAAUCUUCGGUGGACGUAAACGCAACGGAACCCACCCCAGCCACUUCUGCAGAUCUGCUGGUGGUAUCGCUCGUAAAGCUCUCCAGAGCUUGGAGCAGCUUAAGUUGAUCGAAAAGACUCCACUUGGUGGCCGCAAACUCACCAGCCAGGGACGUCGUGAUUUAGAUCGUAUCGCUGCGCAAAUUAAAGCUAAAUGCAAGAAGCAGUUGAAGCUUCAAGAAACUCUUGUUCUUUAAAGAUUGUAUUUUUUUUCAAAAAUAAAAUUUAAGAUACCAUUCUA